AUGGGGAAGAAGUCAAAGAAAAGAGCUGCGAAAGGUACCGGUGCGAAUUGGAGGUUGAUAGAGAGGAGCUACCCUGAUAUCAUCCACAUCUUUACACCUCUGCAACAGGCACGCUGCGAUCCUUAUGUCAAGUAUCUUGACCUUGUCAUUCCAAAGAAUAGUGACGACGGAUCAGGUUCUGCUACGUUGCCUGAAGAGUCGCACAGAUUGAAGACUGCGCCACUCUUCUCCAGCCUGGUCCAUCAGAAAACACUCGCAGCUCAGACCUUCACAUUUUCCAAGACACAGCUCUUCUCUCAGUAUGGUCUACUAGGACUUAUCCGCGAUCCUCCAACUCCGAGCAACUUCUCGCAGAUGCGCAAUAAUCCACAAGAUAAGCUGGUCUUUACGAACACCGCGGAGCCAUGGUCUACGUUCAUUUGUGGUUCCCAAGGUUCAGGCAAAAGUCAUACCCUUUCCUGUCUGCUGGAGAAUUACUUGCUGGCAGACCCAAGAAUUACCGUCGGUGCAAAACCACUGACUGGCAUGGUCUUCCACUAUGACAAAUUCUCGAGCUUCAAUAGUGGGCAGGUAUGUGAAGCCGCAUACCUGUGUUCAGCAGGAGUGCGUGUCAAGGUACUAGUGGCACCCACCAGCAUUGCCCGUAUGUCAAGACAAUAUGCCAAUCUCCCUGGCCUGCCUGAGAACUGUCCUCGACCAAAAGUUCUUCUCCUCGUGUUCGGUCAAGAACAAUUAUCAGUGGAUGUGAUGAUGACGCUGAUGGCUGUUCACGACACCGGAGUCACUGCACCUUUGUACAUAUGUGCCAUUCGGCAGCUCCUGCGGGAUAUCGCCAUGGACAAUCAGAGCAAAGGUCUUCAAGGAUUCGACUAUAUGGAUUUUAGGCACCGAUUAUCCCUCAUGUCGUUGACAGAUGCUCAAAAUGCCCCUCUAGACAUGCGACUGCAACUGCUACAGUCUAGCAUGAUCAAGAAAGAGCAGACCUCACAAGACGCGCAAGCAUUCAAGGAGACAUGGGCGUUCGAGCCAGGAUCCCUUACCAUAGUCGAUCUGAGCGACCAGUUUGUGAACGAAAGCGACGCUUGUGCCCUCUUCUCAAUUUGCCUGAAGCUGUUCAUGCAAGGCUGGCAGACGAACCCUCGAGUCGUCGCCCUUGACGAAGCCCACAAAUUCUUGACUUCGACAUCGGAAGCCAUGCAGUUGCAGGCGGACCUAAUUGCGAUCAUUCGACAACAACGUCACCUCGGCUCGCGCAUGGUCAUCGCUACCCAGGAGCCAACGGUUUCUGGUGAGCUCCUAGACCUAUGCAACGUCACUAUAGUCCAUCGCUUCAAAUCCCCUCACUGGUACAAGACGAUCAAGCAACAUCUUGCCGCAGCUAACGCUGAUCACGAAACUGACAGGAAUGAAGAUUUGUUUUCAAAGAUCGUCAAGCUCUCCACAGGUGAAGCAUUCAUGUUUUGUCCCACCGCCACGGUCACAAUGGAAGCUGGCAAAGCUCAAACACUUCAAGAUCGAUUUGUCAAGAUGAAGACACGAGCCAGAAUCAGCGCGGAUGGCGGCCAGUCAAUCCAAACUACACACAAAUUCACCACCGCGACCAAGAAAAUGGCAUACAUACCAAACUAUCAGCGUAUGGACCUCCCAUCUCUUGCCAGUCAAGCUACGAAAGGGAAGCCAAGAGUUCAGCAUAGCGCUGUGGGAGUUCCUCCUGCACCACAUACUCAGGUCCCAGUUCCCGUUGUGAAUGGCUCAUUCGGUGGUGGCCCAUAUACGCCACCUCUCACUCGCAGCGGUCAGAAGAGACCACGUACCACCUAUGAUGGUUCAGUGGAUGCAUGA